AUGUUGUCCUCCGCGCUGUCACCCUCCGCGCUCCUUAUCCCCCAUGGGUUGACAAUCCUCGCAUUGACGAUCACACACCCCGCGUACCGCAAGCUCGUCUUUGCGCAAAUACUGGCAUUCGUUGCCUACAACCUUCAUACUGCGCCAACUGUAUCACCCAGUACGGAUUGGCCCCUGGCGUUCUCCUUAACCGCCCUCGUCUUCGCCGGAUCAGAUUUCCUCCUUUUGACGAAGUCCUACGCAGAUUUGCAUAGGAGAGGUCAGGUCGGAAAUAUCGAGGAACAACCGACUUUGGCGCGAAUCAAGUGGGCGAUGAGUCUACUGACGAAUCAACGAAUGAUUGGGUGGACAGUAGAGCCGGCCAGGGUCCUACCUUCCCCGCCACAACUUGCCGCCAGCGGUUCUAGGCUGUACUUCGUUGGAGAGCAGACUUUCAAGUUGAUGCUAGAACUCUUGAUCGUGAAUAUUCUGGGCAUAGGCUUCGCUAUGACGCCGGCGCUGUCACCAGAAGGACCAUCAUUGACAUCCUGCGCAUGGUUCUGGCGCUCUGUGCACGUCGCCAAUGUUAUUUCUUUAACAAGAUAUGCCAUUUCAGCAGGUCACAGAGCAUUGUCGUUGUUGCUAAUCGCAUCCGGCUUGGAAGACCCUGCUGAAUUUCGUCCGCUUUGUGGUCGCUGGCAAGAUGCGUACACCUUGCGUAGAUUCUGGGGGCGCACUUGGCAUCAAGUCUUGCGUAGGACAUUGACUUCGCAUGGCCGCUUCGUAGCACUCGAGGUUCUGAAGCUCGAACCCGGUUCAAAAGCAUCCACGUACACACAACUCUACGUCGCUUUCAUCUUAUCCGGCGUUAUCCAUUUCUGGGCAGACGUCAUCCCUCUGGGUCGGUGGAAUGCGGGGACCAUGAAGUUCUUCGUCCUCCAGGCGAUAGCCAUCCAUUGCGAAGACAUACUCAUAGCUUGGGCGACCAAGGUGGGGCUUCGUCCGUCGAGGCUUUUGAGGUUCUUGGGGUAUAUUCUAGUGUGGCAAUGGUCUUCGGCGCCGGUCCGCAAAUUCCAAUUAUUCAGACCGUUACUUCUCUCGCCAGGCGUACGGUAA